UACCAGUCUCUUGUCUGAUUUUCAAGAUCUUGUUUUCUAGACAAUAACAUAUGCUUUUCUGCUAUCUACAGUAAAACAAGUGCUUUGUCUACAAUUAGAUCAUGUAAUUGAUGAUUUUUUUAAAGAAAAAUGAGAUAAUAGCAUGUCUUUUUUUAUUCGUUUCUAUAGUUAUUAAAUACUGCGAUAGUUCUCUUUUUUCCUUUUAAUUCUCUUAUUGAUCUAGAGUAUCGCUGACAAUCAAGUAGGGAAAAAUCUAAAAAUCAGGAGAAAAUAUUGAAAAUCAGCUCCUGAAACCAGGAGAUUUUCUAUCAGGAUAGCAGUCCAAAAAUCAGGAGGUUUGGCAAGCCUGGUCCAAAUGGAAAACAUUUAGCUGUUGAAUAUCAAAAUGAAAUUAUUAAUAUGUUUUCUAUUGCACAAAAUGAAACAACAGUCAAUUUUCAUGGACAUAAAUCAACUAUAAUUACAUUCACAUUUACACAAGAUUCAGCAACGUUGAUCUCAGGAUCGAAAGAUACAGAUAUUAUCGCUUGGGAUCUUAUUACUGAAGCUGGACUUUGUCGUCUUCGAGGUCAUAAAGCACCUGUAACAAAAGUUAUUAUUAUGGCUAAUCAAUCAAUACUUAUUUCAAGUUCAAAAGAUAUGACAAUAAAAUUCUGGGAUAUGACUAUUCAACAUUGGUUUCAUACAAUUGUUACACAUAAAACAGAGAUGUGGAGUAUUGGUCUAGCACAUGAUCGAUAUUUAAUUACUGGUUGUUCAGAUAAUGAAUUACGAUUUUUUGCUUUAAGAUCUACGGCAACAGUAAUGAGAUUUCUCGUUUUUUUAAAGAUAUUGAUUAUUGAAAUUUAUUUCUUUUUAACAUGA